AUGACCGUCAUUACUUAUUUAAGAUCCCUACAUCAGGAGGCACCGUCACCAGCAAAGACGUAUCGGGUCUUUGGACAAAAAGGUGCUAUGUUAUUACUGUACACCCUAGGCUUUUAUGCCUCCCUCACCCUGGUUGCCCCUCAGGGCAUCUUCCCCAGGCUGGAGAACAUAGGGGCAUAUAAAUCAGUCAGCACCACACCGACAGGAUCCACGUGUGGCAUCCCUGAUAGAAGCACUUUUUGCCAAGCUGCCCGGGUACGGGAGGACCUUAUGACCUGUGUGCAAAAGUUCUGCAUCCAAGAGUGUCCACACAGCUCCUCUACCCCAAACUACACCGACCUCCUCACCAUCCACCCGGACACGUGCCGAAAGGUUUUUAGAGAAGAGGACCAUCGUCCGGGUGCAGAGCCUGGAUCCCCCAGCUUUGUUUUUCCCGAUCUGAAAGAUUGUUCUGUGUCCCCCUCCGCUCCAAACUUGGGUCCAGAGAGCUCGUUUACUCUAACCGUGUGGGUGAAACUCGAGGAAGAUGGUGUAAUGACUCUAAUUGAAAAGAGCACUGAGGACCGACUGGUUUUCAUGGUGACCAUCUCGCAGGAGGAUGUUCAGUUCCACUACGGCAUUCAAAGCAGACAACCUCGCUCCUUAACCAUGAAGAUCGCAGGUCACGUUAGCAUAGGCCAGUGGGCACACGUGGCUUUACAGAUACAUGACACAAGUGUGAGCUUGUUCCUGAAUGGCCAGGAAGAGGACGCCACAGCGCUGGACACACAAACGCUGACAGGCCCGGUUCAUGACAUCACCUCCGAGAGUAUUUUGUGGAUCGGUUCGAGUUCUAAUGGGUCAAAUCAAUUCAUUGGAAGGAUGCAGGAUUUCAGAUAUUAUCCAAAGACAUUAACCAACAGAGAGAUUGAAGAGGUAUACACUGGACAGUUCCCUCACCUCCAUAGCCAGUCGUCGUGCCGCUGUCCCGCCAGCCAUCCCAGAGUACACCCUCUAGUGGAGAGGUACUGCAUCUCCAACGCAGCCAACGACACAACCCAAAACAAAGUGCUCCGUCUGAACCAGGACGCUCACCCGCUGCAGUACAUUAAUGAUAACGACAUUGGAACUACCUGGAUCUCCUCCGUUUUCCCUAAUUUGGAGCUUCUGGACAAAGGAAUUACCAUCACCAUAGAUCUGGAGAAUGGACAGUACCAGGUUUUCUACGUUAUUCUCCAGUACCUCAACGCUCAGCCCGAAGCCGUUCGAUUUCAAAGGAAGACACUCGGGAGCUCGGAGUGGAAGGACUGGCAGUUCAUGGCCAAAAAUUGCAGCUACUUCGGGAUGGAGGAUAACAGGCCUAUGCAUCGUCCAGAUUCUGUGAACUGUCUACAGUUAUCCAGCGAAAUGCCUUACUCCAGAGGAAACAUCACCUUCAGUAUGCUGACCCCUGAGCCGAAUCUGCGGCCAGGCUAUAACGACUUCUACAACAGCGCCGCCCUGCAGGAUUUUGUGAGAGCCACACAUGUAAGAAUCCACCUGCACGGCCAGUACCACACUAAAGAUCCCACAAUCCCCUUUCGUCACCGGUACUACGCUGUGGAUGAGAUCACCAUCAGUGGCAGGUGCGAGUGCCACGGCCAUGCAGACAGCUGUGACACUAGUGUGAAUCCUUACCGCUGCGCCUGCCUCCCAGAGAGCCACACACAUGGAGCUAAUUGUGAGCGCUGCUCUUCUCUCUUCAAUGAUAAACCCUUCAAAGCUGGAGAUCAGAUACAGGCGUACAACUGCCGCCCUUGCCAGUGCUACGGUCACGCCUCUUCCUGUCACUACAAUGCCAGUCUGGAUCCUUAUCCUGAUGAUCAUUUCCGUGGUGGUGGAGGGGUUUGUGACAACUGUACACAUAACACCACAGGGAGGAACUGUGAGCGAUGUCGGAGUCAGUUUUACAGAGAGGUGGGUGUGCCGCUGUGGUCUGAGGAAGUGUGCAAACCCUGCCAGUGCAACAGCGUUGGGACCGUCAAUGGCUCCUUAGAAUGUGAGCCGAUCGGAGGGCAGUGUAAGUGCAAGCGACAUGUGUCUGGCAGACACUGCAAUCAGUGCCAACACGGAUUCUACAAGCUGCAGUCGACGCUGGCUGACGGCUGCCUCGCCUGUAACUGCAAUACCGCCGGGACCGUGCAGCCAGAUAUUGCCUGUCACCAGGACUCAGGUCAAUGCCAGUGCAAAGCAAAUGUAAUUGGUCUAACCUGUGACCGCUGCAACUACGGCUUUAAAUUCCUCGAUCACACACAUCCAGACGGCUGCAUUCCCUGCGGCUGUGACCCACGUGGCUCCCUGCACCAAUUCUGCAACCCCUUCACAGGCCAGUGCGAGUGCAAAGACGGCAUGCAAGGCCUUCUCUGUGACACUUGUGUCCCUCAAUUUUACGGUAUGCCUGGCAGUGGUGUUUGCAUGCCAUGCGCCUGCAGUCCGAUCGGAUCCGUAACCGGUACUUCCUGCGAUCCGGUUACGGGACAGUGUAAGUGCAAACCUUAUGUGGAAGGCAGACGGUGUGAUGUAUGCCGCGAUGGAUACCACAGCCUGGACCGCGGCAACUCUUUGGGCUGCUUGCCUUGCGGGUGUGAGGUCAAGGGCACGGUAAAUGGCUCGGGCGUGUGCGAUGAGACCACCGGGCAGUGCGCAUGCAAAAGUAACGUAGAAGGGUUACGGUGUAACCGAUGCUCUGCCCACACCUACAACUUGAGUUCUGCCAAUGCCAAGCAUGGAUGCCAACCGUGCCAGUGCGACCCUGCUGGCAUCGUGCCUGCAACCACGUGCGAUUCCGGGAGCGGUCAGUGUGUGUGCCUGCCUACCCGCUAUGGCAGAGACUGCGGAACCUGUAAACCAGGUUUCUUUCUGUCGGAAACUGGGCUUAGUGACUGUGAAGUGUGCGACUGUCACUCGGUCGGAGCGGUGGGCCAGGUGUGUGCUGCUCACUCUGGGCAGUGUGUGUGUGCUCACCCUUCAUUGACCGGCCGCAGGUGCGACCAGUGCCAGAAUCUCUUCUUUGGCUUUAAUCCAGCUGUUGGCAGGUGUGAGCCGUGCGGAUGUGAUCCUGUGGGAGGAUUCAACGGCUCGUGCCACCCCCAGACAGGGCAGUGCCUGUGCAAGCCGUAUGUAACCGGAGAGAAAUGUGACGUGUGUGUGGAGGGCGCUAGUCACAUGGAUCCAAACAACUACCUGGGUUGCAGUAAAGAACCCAGACAGCAGCCACCUCCACGCGGCCGGCCCCUGAACUCCACAGCCAUAGAGUUAAGCUGGAAGCCCCCCGACUCACCCAAUAGCAACGCCCUGACAUACACGCUGCUCAGAGAUUUAGAGGUCGUCCACGUCGGCCACAGUCAGUUCCCAUUCGGGUCUAUGGUUUACACAGACACAAGCUUGUCACCAUACACUUUAUAUUCUUACCAGCUCAUCACCAGCAAUAUCCGGGCUAACACCAGCAGUACCUCGGUCAGCGUGCGCACACUGUCUGCUGUGCCCGAGCGUGAGGAUCUCCAACUCAACCUCAUGGGUCGAGCGAGGCCCACCAGCGCCUCCUUCAACUGGACUGAACCCCUAAACGCCACCGGUUUGAUAGAGAACUACACGCUGAGCUCAAUAAAAGAUCUGACGGGAGAAGAGAGGAUCCACUACACGGGACUUCAAACUGAGGCUUCUGCUGAGGAUCUGCAUCCCUUCACUCGAUACAACUUCAGCCUGCUGGCCUGCACUAAUGGAGGAUGUUCUCGCAGCGAGGAUCUGACCGUGCUUACUGCUCAGAUCCCCCCACAACAGCAACCUGCACCCAGAAUCACAACCUUAGGGCCCACACAACUCAAGGUGGACUGGGAUCCUCCAACGUUGUCCAAUGGUAUAAUUAUCAGGUAUGAGCUGUUCAUGCAGCUGCUAAAUGAGUCGCAGGGAAAUUCCACCAAUCACGGUCCUGAGCAAAGGGUUUUCCUCAGUAGCGGUUGGCUCAAUCCAAUUUCAUCGAUGAGUUCGGCCAAUGAGAAUGCUCUAACCCCACCUGAGAGCACUGCGGUGGUGUCGAAUCUCGAACCCUAUUCCACUUACCACUUCAGAGUGCUUACGGUUAACAUGGCGGGCGGUACCCAGUCAGAUUGGGCUGUGGGGCGUACGGCAGAGGGAGUGCCAGAGUUUAUGGCUUCUCCUCAAGUGACCGCUGUAUCCUCAUCCUCUCUCAAAGUGAGCUGGGAGACACCACGGGACAAAGACGUCAGGGGUGAAGUGACCGAAUACAGAGUCAACCUUCAACAGGAACAAAUGUCCAGCCCAUACGUUCCUCCUAUAGUCACACAGGUGCUGUACAGCGGCUCAGCACAGGAGCGGAGUUACACAGCAGCAGGACUGAAGCCCUAUGAGCGCUACAGUUUUACCGUGACCGUGUGCAACAGACAGGGCUGUGUGAGCAGCCAGCCUGAGUCAGGCCGUACUCUGCCCUCUGCUCCGACAGGUAUGAAGGCCCCUGUGUUGAAGCCGUCGAAUAUGACCGCGAUGAAGAUUUCCUGGGAUUCCCCGGCAGAGCCAAACGGGCCUCCGCCUGUGUACCACGUGGAGCGGACGGAUGUGUCUUUGUCUGACGCACAGGGUCAGGUUAUAAGGGGGAGACGGUUCACAGGGAGCGGCUACUUCAGAUUUCCCAGUUCCACGCUGCCGGUCAACACUGACUUUACAGGUUUGCAGCUGAGUUUCCGGACACGGGCGGAGGAGGGACUGAUCCUGUUCGCCGUUUCACCCGGAGAGCAGGAGGAGUAUGUCGCUCUGCAAAUACACAAAGGCCGUCCAUACUUCCUUUUCGACCCCCAGGCUUCAGCCGUGGCCCUCAGCCCUCUCAACGAUGGAGGUAGACGCUAUAAUGACAACCAGUGGCACCAUCUGAUCGCUACCAGAAAGCAGGCCGUGGGAAAAAUCAUUGUCGACAAUCAAUACAGCGGGUCAGCAUCAGCUACAAGUGGAAGUACCAUCAUUGGUCAGAACACGGGCGUCUUCAUCGGAGGCAUCCCAGAGAAUUUCACCAUUGUUAGACAGGACACUGGUCCAGCCAAACUGGUGUGGCAGAGGUUUGCCGGGUGUUUGAGGGAUGUGUUGGUCCAGAAAUCUAACGGCACCAGUGAUGUUUGGCAGCCUCUGGACUGGGACACGACACUAGAAAGUCACGAGACCUACGAAGGCUGGGAGGGCUGUCCUGCUGUUUCUGAAACUGGGGCAUAUUUCCUCGGACAUGGGUUCCUAAAGGUCAAACCUGAUAUGCUCGCUGGUGGAGAUUAUUUUGAAAUAUCAUUUGAGUUCAAAACCGAUCAACUGAAUGCACUGCUGUUGUUUGCCUAUGAUAUAGAUGGGAAAGAUUUCAUUUUGGCUGAGCUGCAGGGUGGAAUUCUUUUCUGGGUGUUGCGUUGGGGUGAGCAGACAGCAGAGCUGAGUGUUUGGGUGGGCCUGUCCUACUGCGACGGGACCUGGAACUCAUUGAAUGUGCUAAAGAGAGGGUCUUUGGUUAGCGCCGGUCUCAAUUAUGUUUAUGAACAGGAGAGGAAGAACAUUGGUGGUCCUCUGACCAUCAGCUCUCCGCUUUAUCUUGGGGGAGUCCCACCUGAAGUUCUGCACCCAGCGUUGAACCAACACAGUCUUCUACAUGGUUUUGGCGGCUGCAUCAGGGAUGUUAGAUUUGCACGCGGGCCUGUCGUAAGCUUGGCGGCUGUGUCCAGCGGUGCUGUCAGAGUCAAUCUGGAUGGAUGCCUGUCAGCUGACACCAGCGUUAACUGCAGGGGAAACGACUCCAUUCUGGUGUACACGGGCAGAGACAGGAGCGCAGAGGACCUGACACUACAGCCCUUCACGGAGUACUUGUACAGAGUGAUGGCAUCAGGAGAAGGAGGCUGGACAGUCGGGCCGUGGCAGCGGGGCCGCAGCAGAGAAACAGUUCCACAAAGUGUGCUGCCUCCCUCCAGAGUUGAGAGUGUAAAUGGUUCCAGCGUGGAGGUGAGCUGGGAGGAGCCGGUGGAGGUCAGAGGUGUAAUUGAGAAGUACGUACUGAAAGCGUACAGCCGGGAACGUCCCUCUUCGUCCCCUAUCAGCGCCGCCUUCCCCCACUCUCAGCACCUGACAGGCACUUUAAGUGGCUUGGCUGCUUUUAGCAGCUACAGUAUUACCCUGACUGCGUGCACUCAAGCCGGCUGCGGGGAGAGCCCGAUCGCCACCAGCUUCAGCACUCCGCAAGAGGCUCCUGAGGAGGUUCUUCCACCUGCGGCUGUCUCGUACCCCAACUCUCUGUAUGUAUACUGGGAACCUCCACCUAAACCCAACGGCAUCAUCAUGCAAUACAUCCUUUACAAAGACAAUGCUCUUGUGUACCAGGGCAACAACACUGGCUUCAAUAUAACAGGUGUCGGUGUGUUCACUCCUCAUAAGUUGCUGUUAAUUGUCUGCACUGAGGCGGGCUGCACCAACAGUACCCAGAUCACCCUGUUUACCAGUCAGAUGCCCCCUACACAUGUAGAGCCGCCCGUCCUGACCGUACUGGAUGCCCACAGUAUACACAUACAGUGGGCUGCUCCAAUGGAGGUAAACGGUCUUCUGGAGUUCUACACGCUAUACCAGUCUACGUUAGGAGAGGAGGCGGCCAUCAUGUAUAACAGCUCUGAACUGUUUGAGGAUUAUACAGCGCGAAACCUCGUCCCUGGGACCACCUACCUGUUUCAGAUAGCAGCGUGCACUGGAGGCGGAUGCACCCUCAGUGACCCCAGCAUCGCCCGCACUGAGGAGAGCUCACCGGAGGAAGUGCCCGCCCCUAACAUCCUAUCGCUCUCUCCGCACUCCCUCAAUGUGUCCUGGACCCCCCCUCGCAAGCCCAACGGUGUGAUCAGCAGCUACAGCCUUUGGAUGGACGGCACGCUGGUACAGAAUUCCUCCCUGAUGAGUUUCGAGGUCGGCGAUCUGUCCCCGUGGAGCCUCCACAGUUUCCGCGUGCAGGCCUGCACGGCUCAGGGCUGCGCUCUGGGGCCGCUGGUGGAAAGCAGGACUUUGGAGAUGCCUCCAGCUGGUCACAUGACCCUUGACGUCAUAAGUGAGACACCUCAUUCAAUCCGAGCAAAGUGGGAAGCCCCAGCUGAGCCCAACGGCAACCUGACCUACGCAGUCUUCUUCACCGGACCAGGUCAGAUCUUCAGCAGUGUGGAAACGGAGACCAGGAUGCUGCUCAGCACUGGUAAUGUGGGCCAGUGGGUGUCCAUAGGAGGACUUCAGCCCUAUUCAAAUUACAGCGUGCUGGUGAAGGCCUGUAACAGUAAGGGCUGUGUGGAGAGCUUGCCCAUCACUGUCUCUCUUCCACCAGGAGCUCCAGAUGGCCUCCUGCCCCCUAGGCUUGCAGCUGCCACCCCUACCUCACUGCAGGUGACCUGGGCUGCACCAGCACGCCACAACGCUCCCGGACCUCUGCGCUACCGGCUUCAGAUGAGGACUUCAGCUUCCCCACAAGUUCACCAGUUGGACAACAACACUACCACCCUAAGUCAAGUGGUGACGGGGCUGAAACCCUUUACGGAGUAUCACUUCAGACUACUGGUGUCCAACAGCCACGGAGAAACCAGCAGCCCGUGGGUCUCUCUUUUCACCGCGCAAGACAGGCCUGGUUCGGUUGACCCGCCUGUCCUGUCCGAUGUCAACCCCAGAAAUGUCUCCGUCUCUUGGUCUCCUCCGUCCCAACCCAACGGCAUAAUCACCCAUUACAACAUCUACCAAAACCACCAGCUAAGUGCCAGCGUGCCAGGAAACAGCACCGACCACACCCUCUCUCAGCUAGCACCCUAUCAGCACUACACUAUACAGGUGGAAGCAUGCACAGCAGCCGGCUGCACUCUAUCCGCUCAAUCCCAUGCCAUUCGCACCCCUCCAGCUCCUCCAGAAGAUGUCCCAGCUCCACAGCUUUACUCUGACACCCCCACAUCAGUGCUCAUGAACUGGGCACCACCGCUCCGCUCCAACGGUGAGCUGGACGGUUACACCGUAGAGAGGAGGGUAUUUGGCACACAUGAGGUUCACACUGUUGCCACUCUGCUGCCCAACAAGACUCUUACAUAUCUGGAUAGUUCAUCUGCCCUUAGCCCGUGGUGCACUUACGAAUACCGCAUUGUGGCAAACACCAGGAUGGGAGGAUCCAAUAGUAGUGAGUGGGCAAAUGUGACCACUAGGCCCUCACGACCUGCAGGUCUACAGCCGCCCCAUGCCACUGCAUUGGGACCAGAGUCAGUACAGGUUACAUGGUCGGCUCCACUUAUGCCUAAUGGAGAGAUUGAACGUUAUGAGAUCCGCAUGCCCGAUCCACGUAUCUUACACACUAAUGUGUCUGUGCUCAACCACACCGUAACCAACCUGGUGCCCUACACCAACUAUACCAUCACCAUUCUCGCCUGCUCGGGCGGUGGAGGUCACGUCGGAGGAUGCACCGAAAGCCUUCCGACUCUGGUUACUACAUUAUCCACAAUUCCACAGGGUCUUUCGUCCCUCUCUGUGGUAGCUGUCAGCGAAACCCUUCUGGCUGUUUCGUGGCAAAUGCCGUCAAGGCCAAAUGGACCCAACGUAAGAUUCGAGCUGUUGAGACGGAAAACCCAGCAGCCCCUGGCCUCCCGGCCCCCUGAAGAUUUGAAUCUGUGGUACAACGUUUACGCAGGAACCAAAUUGUUUCAUGAAGAUAAAGGCCUUAGCAGAUACUCGUGGUACGAGUACAAGCUUCUGGUUCACAAUGACGUAGGCCACUCUUCAGGAGACGUCACCACAGGGGUCACACUGGCCGGGCAACCCCUCAUCCCCACCAACGCGUCCAUCCAAGUUCUGAAUCAUACUGCAAUCCUGGUCAACUGGUCCACUCCCACUGUGCAUGAUUUGCAAGGAAGGGUGGAGGUCUACAUCCUUACGGUGAAUGGGCCUCAGCACAUGCAGACUUUUACACUUGACCCCAAUGUGACGUCCGUGGUGAUCUCUGACCUGCAGCCCAGCACAGAGUACAACCUUUCCUUGACUGUGUCCAACGGAGCUCACAACAUCACCAGCCCUGAGGUCACCUGCACUACCUCAGAUGGAGAACCUGAGGGGGUUUUUCCUCCAGAGGUGGUGACCCUCAACAGCACAGCGGUUAGGGUGAUAUGGGCGACUCCUCUUGUUCCUAAUGGGGCCAUCACAGAGUACUUGGUGUAUCUGGAUGGUCGUCUCUACAGUUCUACUAGUAAUGAAUCUGGAUCGCUGGAAGUUGUGGGACUCCUGCCGUUGACCGUUCAUAACAUUCAGGUGGAAGUCUGUACUGUGUAUGCGUGUGUUAAGAGUAACAACACUCAGGUGACCACAGUGGAGGACACACCUGCUGACAUCAGCACACCUCAGAUUCAAGUGCUCAGCUCCAGAUCGGUAAGGCUGGAAUGGACUGCACCCGGUCAGCCCAACGGCAUUCUGGGAGGAUAUGACGUGUGGCGAAGGACUCUGAAGCGGUGCGAAGAACUGCAAGCCCAGCAGGUGUUUGCUCCUCAGACUCACUGCUCAUACUUGGAAUGCCCUGCGGAUCAGGACUUCUGUGGAAAGGCCUGCUAUAAACCUGACAUGCAGAUAUGCUGUGGAGGGACUAUUCACAACCUCAAGGAUUCCCAUCAGUGUUGUGAAGAGCAAUAUUUAAUGCCUUUAAGGGAUUCUGGGAGCGUAUGCUGCGGGGGUCAGUUCAUCCCGCCUUUUUCUCAGCACCAAUGUUGCGGAGGAUAUUACAUACCUGUCCAGCCAGGAGAGAUCUGUUGUCCGGACCCAAUCGAACAUCGUAUAGCUGUGGGUCUCGGGGAUUCGUGUUGUGGUGGGAGUCCUUACCUCUCUGGAGCUGGACAGAUCUGCUGUAAGGGACAUCUCUUUGAUGGUUACAACACCCAGUGUUGUGGAGGACAGCUGAUCUCUGGAGAGAUGGUGUGUUGUGGGGAUCCAGAUAAGGGGACGGCACAUAAUCUUGUAACAGGAUUCGCCUGCUGUGGAGAGCGUUACAUCAAUACAUCCACUUCCUGGUGUUGCACGAGACCCGAUGGUGAGUCGAAAGUCCACGUGUUGGAGAACAGGACGGUGUCACAGAAGUGCUGUUGGUCAGAAGUGAUUGAUCAGGAAGAUGAGUGUUGUAAUGGAGUGGCCUUCAAUCCAUUCACAUCUGUGUGUGCUGACAGAGCCCCGGCCAGAAUCCUCAUACCGGUGAAUUGUCGCCCCAGUAUGGUGUGUCCUGCAUCGGCGGCCAUGGCAGCGUACUGCGGUUUGUGUGAUUUUAGCUCGGCACUGUCCAUCUGUACUUGGGUACCGGGCGAAGCAGACACCACGCAGGUUCAAUCUCCCUUCUCCUCUGCCGAUGGCUCCGCCUCCACGCAAACAUCAGCAUCGUCUGGUGCUGACCAUAGUGAGCUCUGCCCAUCCUCAGAGGAGCUGGUGUACAGUGGAGCGGCCAACAGAUACAGUUUCACAGAUACUGAACUGGAUCCCUAUACCAGAUAUGAGUACAGAAUCGGUGCCUGGAACAGCCACAGUCAUGGAUUUAGCCCCUUUGCCCAGGUCGCUACUAAAGAAGAUGUGCCCUGGGGCGUAGCCCCUCCUCGCUGGAGCCUUGUCGGCCUUCGCGAUGAUAUCAUUCUUCUAGACUGGUCAACCCCAAACAGACCUAAUGGAGAGAUAAGUCACUAUGUCAUCCUGCGUGACGGACAGGAACGUUUCCGCGGUACUGAUCUUAGCUUCACGGAUGCAGCGGGAAUCCGACCUUUUCAGGAGUACAUGUACCAGCUCAGGGCGUGUACUGCCGCCGGGUGCACAGACAGCUCCAAAGUUGUGGCAGUGACUGUCCAGAGGGAACCGGAGGGUAUCGGUGCCCCAACCGUGAGUCCGGCCGGGCCAGGGGCCCUGAGGAUCAGCUGGGAUGUGCCGGCCAAACCGAACGGUGUCAUUCGGGAGUACCACAUCAAUCAGAGCGGCGUCGGAGUCAUCCACACACAUACACAGGAGAAGAUGGCUUAUGAUGUCACAGGUCUACAGCCUCACACCAACUACAGCUUCAUUCUUGUUGCAUGCACUGCAGCCGGUUGUGGUGCAAGUCAGCCAUCUAUAGGUCAUACGCUGGAAGAUGCACCAGCAGAUGUGUGGACAAUUCCCAGGCAUAUACAGGUGAACUCCACAGCAGUGGAGCUACAUUGGAGCCAUCCGCUCAAACCCAACGGCCUGCUUUCCAGGUAUCGGCUGCUGCGUGACAGUGCGGUCGUCUUCAUCGGUGGCGGAGAAGAGAUGAGCUACACAGAUGCUGGCCUUCAGCCCAACACCAGGUACGUGUACGAGUUGGAGGCCACCACGGGUGGAGGUAGCAGCCUGAGCGAGAGAUACGUCAUUCAGACCCCCGUCUCUUCCCCAGAAAGGAUUCCUUCACCGUAUAAUGUCAGCCUCCACGGCCCCCGCUCCAUCUUUGUUGCCUGGUCACCCCCAGGUGUGUUUAAUGCAAGUGCACCCUUGGAAUAUAACAUCCUGCUGAACGCAGGUACUGAGCGGCCCCUUAUUCGCUCGGCUGGCCCAGAUAACUUUCUUCUGAUACAAGGACUGGACCCAUACACCAAAUACUACAUUCAAGUGCAGGCCGGUCAGCCAGAUGGUUGUGGUGUUGGAGCUGGAGUGUCUGUUCGGACGCCUGAAGCAACUCCUCUGGCCCAGGAUCCCCCCGUGCUUACUGCUAUAGGUGCAACUGUUAUAGAAAUAAGCUGGAGUCCACCACACAAACCCAAUGGACUCAUCACUAAAUACUUCAUAUACAGACGGCCAAUAGGAACUCAGGAAGAGCUGCUAGUCUUCAUCUGGACCGAAGGUCCCCUUAAUUUCACCGAUGCCUCCGACUCCCUUUUACCAUUCAGAGAAUAUGAAUACAGAGUCACCGCCCACAACUCUAAAGGUUCCGCCUCCAGCUCAUGGACCUCUGUCCGUACUCUAGAGGCACAACCACAGGGCAUGGAUCCACCCACGGCCCGUCCAAGCGGUGCCUAUUCUGUUCUGCUGAACUGGACCGAGCCUAGCAGGCCAAACGGAGUGAUCUCGAAGUACAAAGUGGUGUAUCAGAAAAUAGCCAAGGACCCGACGUUCAACUCCACAACUGUUACUGCUCUUACAGUUACGGCCAACGUUUAUCAGGCUCAAAUAUUUGGAUUGGAGCCAUACACCACAUACAACAUGCGUGUAGAGGCAGUUAAUGGAGCCGGUCUGGUUUCCAGUCCCUGGGUCACCAUUCAAACCCUUGAAGCUUCUCCCAGUGGUUUGGCUAACUUCAGCAUUGAGAAGAGAGAACAUGGUCGAGCGUUACUACUACAGUGGCCUGAACCUGCUUUUCCAAAUGGAGUCAUCAAGAUGUACAACAUCUUCAACGAGGGCAACUUGGAGUUCAGUGGUCUUGCGCGACAGUUCCUUUUCCGCCGCCUGGAACCCUACACCGCGUACACGCUCCUUCUCGAAGCUUGUACAGAAGUCGGUUGUACGAGAUCCGCACCUCAGCGCGUUAUGACCGAGGAAGCCCCACCUGCCUCUCAGCCAGCACCUAUUGUACAGCAGAUUCAAGCACGCAGCCUGGAGCUCCACUGGUCUCCACCUGCCCAACCCAACGGCAAGAUCGUACAGUACCAAGUUCUGGCUAUGAGUCUUGAAGACGGCAGGGUACGCAGUGAAGAAGAUGACUCUUUGAGAGCCAAGAUCGUUUUUACUGAGAACAACACCCAAGCGAACAACUUUAUUUACAAUAUGUCCGGCCUGAAACCAUGGAGCAGGUACAAGUUUCGUGUACGGGUUUCAAAUGUGGCCGGAUAUACCGAUAGCCCCUGGCUCAUGGUUCACACCAGGCAAGCUCCUCCAAGAGGUUUGGCUGCCCCGGUUAUCAGUCAUAUAGAUGGCAAACCUCAUGAACUCUUCGUAUCUUGGUCACCUCCUUUGGAGCCCAAUGGUGUUGUUCUCACCUACAGGAUUCAGAAAGACAACAUUGGCUAUUAUUUUAGCUUUGACUCUAGUGUUCGUAACCACACCGAUGUGGAUCUAACAGCGUACACUCUUUACAGUUACACAGUCGUUGCAUGCACCGUGGCCGGCUGCGUUACUAGUUCGCCGACAUGGAUCAGGACGUUAGAAGCUGCCCCUGCUAACGUGGAGUCGCCUGUGGUGUCUGACAUCACUUCCCAUUCCCUUAAUGUGUCAUGGGCUGUACCGUCUAUCCAGAAUGGGGAGAUAGUGAUACAUAUCCUCAAAGUUAAUGACGAAGAGGUCUACCGUGGUAAACGCUUGAGCGUGCAGGUAUUCGAUCUACUGCCAUAUGUUUCGUACAGCCUCAUCUUAACAGCCUGUACCAAUGGUGGAUGCACAUCAAGUCCGCCCAUCUCUGUCCGAACUACCGAAGCUCCGCCCUCAGGAAUGCCUGCCCCGACUCUUAAAGUCACAGGUUCAGAAUCGGUGGAGGUCACAUGGAGUGAGCCCCUACAACCAAAUGGAGUAAUCACAGGGUACGAGCUCCAUCGAAACAGGAGUCUCAUUUAUACCGGAAUGGACACUCGUUACCACGACUUCACAUUACUUCCCAGCGUAGAGUAUAGCUACACCAUCACCGCCAAUAACAGUCAAGGCGCAGUCACAAGCCCACCAGCAGUGGCUACGACUCAGGCUUCAGCACCCUCUGGUGUUGCCCCACCAAAAUUGCAGGCUCUAGAGCCAUUUAGUAUUGUGGUACGAUGGGACCCCCCAGCACGACCCAAUGGGAUCAUCAUUACCUACUCGCUUUACAAAAGGGACCCAGCUGAGCUGAACGUGAAACGUGUCAGUUUUUCUUCCCAUCACAAUGCGUUUCAGAGCCAAAGUUUCUUACUCACUGAACUAAAGCCCUAUUACAGGUAUGAGGUGAGAGUGGAAGCCUGCACCCUGUUAGGGUGCGCAGCCAGUGACUGGUCCUCUGUCCAGACCCUCGAGUCGCCCCCUAGUGGACAAUCCGCUCCACUGCUAGAGUUACAGACUAACACUAAAGGCAUACAGACUGUCUUCCUCGUGUCUUGGUCGUCCCCAGCUGAGCCUAAUGGGAAACUUUUGCACUAUGAGCUGUACCGGAAACAGGUUUCAGAUGUAAAAACACACUCCACGGCUACAUUGGUGUACCGCAACUCUUCAACCUCUUGUCAUGAUGGCAGACUCCUGCCCUACACAGCCUACGAAUACCAGGUGUUUGCUGUAAACUCAGCCGGUCGUACCGGUAGCCCCUGGGCUCAGGGUCGCACAGGUCCGGCUCCUCCAGAGGGAGUAAGCCCACCCAAAUUCCUGCACAUCCAUGCCACCUCAGCUGUGGUGGACAUAAGCCCACCUGCCAAACCGAAUGGCAUCAUCAGCCUUUACAGAGUCUUCACACAGAACAAGGACUCGUACCAGCUGCUUUCUGAGGGGACGUCCCAUCAGCAGACUCUUCACGGUCUUAGCCCCUUCACAGUGUACUCUAUAGGGGUGGAGGCUUGCACCUGUUUCAUGUGCUGCAGGCGAGGCCCCACGAGUGAGCUCCGCACCCAGGCCUCUGCACCGGCCCAGCAACCCCCACCGCGCGCGGUCACCAUCACCUCCCGUUCAGCUCAGGUGGAGUGGGACAUGCCUCUUCAGCCCAAUGGCAUCAUUGAGAGCUGUGAGCUCCACGUACGAUCCGGAUGUCCUCAGCCGCUGCAGCCUGUCGCUGUAUCCUGUGCCAGUGGUCCAGUGGAAAUCAAGUUUUUUGGGAUGGGGCGGAGCUUUAACAUCACAGGCCUGCUGCCAUAUGCCAGUUAUGAUCUGCGUGUGGUGUCUUACAAUAACAUGGGCAGCACUGUGUCUGACUGGGUCUCCGUCACCACACUGCAAGAGCCCCCUCAGUUUAAGAAGCCGUUUGUGGUGGAGAGUAACAUCACCAUACUGUAUGUGGACUGGAGCGACUCUUUCUCUCUGAACGGCCCAUUGAGAGAAUUCACUCUAAUCGAGAGCAACUUGCGCAUCUACAGCGGCUUCCACAGCACUCUACACAUCCCACGCGCUUCGGAUAAAACUUUUGUCAUUCAGGUUACCUGCACCACAGACAGCGGCAGUGCCAGCUCUCCUGUCAUUAAAUACAACACAGCCACUGGUACAGAUGUUGUGGAGUCAGGAGGUAAAACGGGUUUGCAUGGAACAGAAUACAAAAUCUACAGGGAGUUAUGGUUCAUCAUUCUUAUGGCUUUUCUCGGUUUGCUGCUGUUUGCUCUGUUGAUGGGUCUGGUGCUGAGAAAAACCUUGAGUAAACCUCCUUUCGUCAGAGAGAGACCUCCAAUAGUCCCGUUAAAGAGGAGAAGUACCAAAUAUCCUCCUAAUGACCCCUAUCUGAGAUCUUCCUCUGAGUUCUGCUCUAACCACGCUUCCACUGCUCUGCUUCAGCCUGAUGGAUCAAUGGGUUUGAGCGAUACUAAGAUUGGAGGAACCAGCAACCACAGCUUUCGGGCCAGCAUGUCUGUGCUCCGUGUGCCCAGCCAGAGCGAGCUGAGCCAUGCGUUUUCCCAGAACUCCUUGCAUCGGAGCGUUAGUCAGCUGAUCGACACUCACGAUAAGAAGUCUAUGGGCGGUGGAGCGUGGGACGCUGACCUGCACGGCACAGACAGCGGGAUGUAUGUGGGCGACGAUGACUUUGUGGAGGCGAUUAAAAGCUACAGCUCGGUGAAGAAGGAGCAGACCAUGUUUACAGAUACUCAUUUGUGAAACUUUUACACACCCAUAGACAAACCUACAGUACAGCUGUGAAAAGCGUACUAGCAGGCGAAAAAAAAUAUAUUUCUAUCCAGCUUACUUAUUCUGUAACUAGGAGUGGUGGUUAUAAAUGCAAUGGUGUCCACAUUAUAACGAUAACUAUAAAACAUAUAGUUUUAAAAUCGUUUUAUAUAAGAGAAUAGCGGAGUUCACACCACAACUAUAACGAAAAAGACACAAUGAACGAUAUCGUUGCGAUCACUUUCUGGGCAGUUUUUUCCCCCAACUGGUUAACGAUAAACACUUGACAGCCAAUCAAAUCUUUUUGACCUUCAAGUGCCCGCAAAUUUGAAAUGAGAUGAUGAAAUGGCGGAGAAGCUGAGAAGCUCACUGUUGGAUUGCUGAGGUCCAUAACAUAAAAUUACCUCAGGUAUUUAGCGCUGAUA